CCGGUAAGUCUCUAUGGAUUAACAUGCCAAGUUAUUAUCCUUGCCAAUUAAUGCUUUAUUUUCCAGCAUCACUUGUGCAAUUCAUGUGUGGAUCACAUGAAAUGUUGCAAUUUGAACACCAAAUCAAAUCAUACGGCGGAAACGAUCGCCAGCAUGGAAAUCAUACUGAAGGCAGAACCCGUACAGGAGGUGCAAUGUGAAGCUUGCCUUGGUCGGUUCCCCGAGGAUGAUUUACCCCAGCACAGGACCGAGUGUAUGGUACGAUUAGUGUUGCGAUGUGGGAUUUGCAAUGCAGACUAUCUGGGCAAGGGUGGACUUUGGAACCAUUUGGAUACCCAUGAGGUAGCGAAUGAAAGUAAGGAUUCGUAUAGUACUGAAGAAAGGAUCUCCCAUCGUUUGCAUACAUGUUCGUUGUGUGACGACCAACGAGCCUUUGAUGAGAGUAGCUAUUGGGAACAUAUUCACGAGGAUCACGAUGGAUUUUACCUUAAGUGUUCCGAAUGCGGAGAGAGCUUUCGAUCGAAAAAACUUCGAGCCUACCAUACUUCAAACCACUGCAGGCCCAAAAAGACACCAGACGUACCGGAUCUACUAGUCAAGCAAGAGAUCAUCAGCUUGGAUCUUCCGAUGCAAGUUGAUAGGUUUGACAGCCCAAGUGAUCGAUCACCAGCUGACUCCGAUGAGCAGGAAGAGACAUCUCAAAAUGAUGAUCAUAUGCAGGUAGAUGAAGAACCUUUGGCAGAAAUCCCAGCGAAAGAAACCGUCGAUACAAAAUGUCCUCACUGCGCCAAGGACCUUCUUCACGAGGCAGCCCUAAAACUGCACGUCAAAGAUUCCCACAAACCGACUAAAUGCGACAAAUGCGAUCGCGUAUUCGAAGGUAGAAGUCGAAUGUCCUAUCAUAAGGCCAAAAUCCACCGGGAGCCGAAGUUCUUCUGUCCGCACUGUCCGAAAACGUUCCACCUACUGAGUACCUAUCAGCCGCAUCUGGAUGCGCAUUUCAGGGCGGAAAGCUAUCCGUGUGACAUUUGCGAGAAACAGUGCAAGGAUCUGCGAUAUCUGGGCCAGCACUACCGGCGGCAUCACUACCCGAACGAGCACUUUCAGAAAAUCUACGCGGCUCUGAAGGCACGUGAUCAGGGAGACCGCAAAGCUAUGGACGUGUUCAAGGAGGCGAGUGUUCGGGUCAAAGAGGAAGUCGAGUCGGAAUCGGGCACGGAAAUGGAUCACCAGAGUGAGAAAUGGACGGGGGAUUGUUGUCCGAUUUGUGAGGAGCGUUUCGAUGAGCGAGAAAGGAUUCUGGAACACGUGGAAGCAGUUCAUAAGGUCGUGAUUUGCAUACUUUGCGGAAUGACUCUCGAUAAUGCUGAUCAGCUAAACGAUCAUAAGAUCUCAUGUGCCUCGAACCAACAAGAGUUGACUGAAGGGAAUCCAUAUCCUACCGUAUCUGACUCCCAAGAACAAAAACUAAUGGACGGACCGAACACAUGCACGUCCCAUGAGGUUGAAGAAAUUUCCAAAAUGAUUGCCUGGAGGCCAACCGGCACCAGAUGUCCCCACUGCGAUAAGGAUUUCAAGGAUUCAACUAUCCUAGCCGGUCACAUAGAAUGCUGCCAUGAACCAAUCGUCUGCGAUGUUUGUGGCAUAACUUCAUACGGGACGACCGAGGCUCGUGAUCAUAAGACGCAGCUCCACGGUGAGAAGUUAUUCAAAUGUGUUCAUUGCCCGAAGAAGCUUCAGAGCAAGGCAUUCUACGUGGCUCAUCUUACCAAACAUCUGAAGGAUCGUAAGCUUACAUGUGAAACGUGUGGUCACAAGUUCAAAACCGCGGACAGUCUCAUCACUCAUUUCACCAAGGUCCACAAUGUUGAGAACGCUUAUCUGAAAGUUCAUAGAGUUUUCAAAGACUGCUACCUUCAAGAUCCGGAACUGGCCGCAGAGAAUGGGUUGCAAAACGACAACAUCGCAUUGCUGGUGGAAGUACCAAUCGUCGAAACAUUGGCUCAACGUCAGGAACCUUCAGGCGAGAGCCCUGACAAAGAUUCUACACCGACGAAACAACCCAACCCUCAGGAUAAAAAAUCUUCACCGAAAACCUCGAGAAACAACUCCAAAUGUCCCCAUUGCGGCAAAACGUAUUCUAACAACUCGCGCCUGCAAAAUCACAUCGACGAACAGCACGGACCGUCCUCGUCCAAGAAUUCCUCCAAACCCGCCCUGCCAUGUCCGCACUGUCCUAAGGUGUUUUACGCCAACUGGCGACUGAACGACCACUUCCAGGAAGCCCACUGCCCCAUCCAAUGCGACAUUUGCGGUGAAAAUUUGGUCGGGAAAGUCCAAGCCAGAUAUCACAGGAUGAAGCGGCACACCGAGCCCAAGCUUCAGUGUCCCCACUGUCCGGAUAGGUUCCACUUGAAGAACCAGUUGACGCGCCAUAUAAGCAAGCACUUGCAGGAACGGAAUUUCCCCUGCGACGUAUGCGGUGCCAGGUUCAAGGAUCAGCACUAUCUCCAACAUCACGUUGUGCGCAUGCACCGGUUGAAGGACGGGAGUAUGGUGAUUAGUUCCGGGGGUGAAAGUACUAGGGAGGUUGCGUCUACGGCGAAGGUAGCGCAAUCGCCACAAAUAGAAUUCGUUUCCAUCAAACAGGAAAUGGAUGAGUCCUAAUUGGGAGGACAAAAUGAGGAAGCUUGAAAAAAGAUUCUUUGAACUAA